CCCUCUCUUCAGCAAUUAGUAGUGUGUUUGAAGUGGAUGCUGAAGGAGGAAGUGCUCUCUGCUUUGAACUUCCUUUGGAAGAUCUGUGCAGGGUGAAGAGAGCCAGGUGUUGAGGCCAGGACUGUAAACAUAAAUGCACAGGAGAAAGCUUUGUGCUAUGUGUCUGUCCUUUGAGUCCCACUUCUCUGCUCCUGGCGGGCCUGUAUUUAGCAUUAUAUGUGGCUCAGUGAAGUCUGGCAGGAGGAAAUCGGUCCAGAAGGAUAUGAGCCGGCCUCCUCUCUAAAUUAAAACCUCUCUCCGCCGCUUGAUCACCUGUAUAACUCCGUCACCCGUAUCUUCCAGAUAAUCGUUAUGUACCUUCAGGUAUUAGAAUGUGAACGUAACCAGCACCUGGUCCAGACCUCAUGGGUAGCCUCUGAGGGUAAGUGACUAAGACUUCUCCUCUGCUGCCCAAGAACAAUGGUGCAGGGAUUACUGGCGUCUUCAGUCAAACCCAAGCAGGCUCCACAGAGAGAAGGCUGGCUCUAGACAGGUGGUAUGCGUACGCUAGUAGAGUUAAACACUGGCCGAACUGCUGCUUGUGAUUUUAUUUUCCUUUGUUUCCAACCUCUUUACCGUUUUGUUUGCACACUUUUCCAGAUAAGCCUGUGUUACUGUCAAGAUGCUCUGAUGCCAUGUUUGAUAUUAGUUCAAUGCAAAUGUUUUUUUUUUAAACUAAAAUUGGCUUUUUAAAUUGUCGCUGAGGUUCGGGGUGGGGGUGGGGAAUCGUGCUCUGAACGCCAGUCAUUGCAUCUGAAUCUAUUAUGCUUUCGUAUUGUAUUGCAGUUUAAGAACAAAACAAAACAAAAAAAAGUGUGUCAACUUUCCUGGCUCUCGAAAUCACAUAGCGUGGCCCAGGUCUUCUGUUUGGGCUUUCAAAGUUGGAUCUUCGCCAUCGCUAUUUUCCUGCCUUCUGGAAUGAAUUCCUUCAAUAGUCGUUGAGUUAGAACUUUUGAUUAUCUGCUGGAAUUAAUGCUGUCUGAAGGGGGUGGGGAAAGGAACCCAAGAUUCCCAUUCUGCGUAACUACCCUUUUUAGUUGUUUCCAAGGGCUGUCCUUGAUCAGAGUGUUGGAAGCCACCACACUUAAUUCAUUUUGGUGUGCCUUCUGAAUCGAAGUAGCUACAUCCAAAGGUUAGUUGGACAACUGGCCCCAGCCUCUUUGUGUCUCUAGAAUGGUAUUAACCCCUUCUUUUCCUCCCCUGGACCUGUUGUGCCAUGUCCUGGGGCAAUGGAGUUGAUCAGAUACCAUUCAGCUCAUUCUAGUUUGCCUAGGUAUUUUGGAGGAGAAGAGGCAUUCCUCUUAAAUAACUGUAAAAAGCCUCAAAAGCCCAUGCGCUUCUGCUUCGUUCUUCCAUUUUUAGGACCAAACUUGCCACUCUUUAGACCCAAGUCUGGGUUUAAUGGGCAGGCUUGGCUCUUGUUCUAAUAAAGAAUGCAGCCUGGAAGUUAAAUCCCUCUGGGUGCAAACAUUCACAAGACAUAGUUCCCCAUAGCAUAAUACAGCCUGUUUUGGGCUCUAGUAACCCAAUACAACUUGGAAAAAAAUGACAACUUGGAAAAUGACAACUUGGAAAAAAAAUCUUUGAAAAGGUUGAGGUUGUGAAAAUAGACUGUGGUGCUCACAUUGCCUUUCGUGUUCCAGUGUGCAGGAUGGACUGAUCGUAGGUCAUGUGCAAUAUUUUACGCUUGCUUCAUUCUGUGAACAUUUGUUUUGAGAAGCCUUGUUACGGUGGGGCGGCUGGAGCGGCCCAAGGACAGCUGAAAAGCUCGACUGGUUGGAAUCAUGGUCCAUCGGCAAAGACAGCGCAUCAGGACGGAAACGCCCGGGCCGGCUCUCUCAAACGGAUUGGGGUCUGGUUGUUUCCCCAGGCGAAGGAGGGUCCCUUCAGAAGCCGCUUGCGACAGAAGAGUCUGGCAGUUGGAAAAGGCCUGGAUUUCUCCCCCCAAAAAACAAUUGAACCUGCUCCUUCAGACUUUGUUUUUGCAUUUGCUGCGUUGCGAGACAGUCUUCUGGCUGCUACAACUUGUGCCAAGCGAUAACUUUAACCGUGUUCUUUGCGUAAGAACAGGCCAGUAGAUUGUACCCAAGAGGAAAGUUAAAACGGGUUCUCUUUCAUAAAACGCCCACAUCCAGUUGGUGACAUUCUAGGUCAACGUUUCUCGACUGUGGCAGCUUGAAAAUGUGUGGGCUUCAACUCCCAGAAUUUCCCAACCAGCCAUGUUGGCUGGGGAAUUCUGGGAGUUGAAGUCCACACAUCUUCAAGCUGCCAUGGUUGAGAAACACUGUUCUAGAUUGAUGCUCUUCUGUGAGAUGAAGCAGCUCAUUCCCUUUCCAUCUUGUUGGGUUUCACAGGGUUACCUAGCGAACCAACCUAGCUGUAAAAAGUUAGCUCAAUUAGAUCAAAAAAGCAGGCUACUAUAGAAAGAAAUUUGAUGGAAGUUAGCAACUCCUCCCUCCCAUUUCUCUCUCUCUUCAAUCUUCUCAGGAAUUACAUGAACGACAGCCUGCGGACAGAUGUCUUCGUGAGAUUUCACCCGGAGAGUAUCGCAUGCGCCUGUAUUUAUCUUGCUGCUCGGACUCUUGAGAUUCCUCUUCCAAAUCGUCCUCACUGGUUCCUUCUCUUUGGGGCUUCCGAGGAGGACAUUCAGGAGAUCUGCCUGAAAAUUUUACAGCUCUACACACGGAAAAAGGUUGACCUGGCGGUUCUGGAAAGCCGCGUUGAAAAGAAGAAGCUCGCCAUCGAAGAGGCAAAAGCACAGGCCAAAGGCCUCUUGCCAGAUGGAGCACCCCACCUCGAUACAGUGGCAGGUUUUUCUCCAGUCCCCAAAACAGAAUCUCCCAAAGACAGCAAAGGUACUAAGCCUUCCCCACUUCCUGUGCAGAUGGUCAAAAACGCCAAGAGGAAAACAGAAGGGAUGAAGAAAUUAAAGUCUAGCAGUCCUGUUAAUGGCAUUCAGAAAGGCCGUGAGAGCAGGAGUCGAAGCGGAAGCAGAGACCAGAGCUAUUCUCGUUCGCCCUCUCACUCGCCUUCUCCAAAACAGAGGAAGAGUGAAAGCUAUUCCCCCUCGAGCGGCUCCAAGUCCCACAGCCGUUCCAGGAGCCGCAGCGAUUCCCCUCCCCGCCAGUUCAGCCACGCCGCCUCCAGCUACAAAGGCUCCAAGAUGCGAAGCUACAAGAAAGCCAAGGGGUACAAGUACAGCUCCCCCAAAGCCCAGAAAUCCCGCAGCCGGAGCUCCUCGAGGUCCCGCAGCCGCUCACGGGAACGUUCCGACCACUCGGGCAAGUACAGGAAGAAGAGCCACUACUACAGGGAUCAGAGGCCGGAGCGGCCCUGCUCGUAUGAAAGGCCGAGCCAUCGCUACGAGAGAGAGCACCCCGGCCACAGCCGGCACCGGAGAUGAAGUCGGGCAGAGCGCAGCCAAAGCCUGGACCCUCCCAGAUCCGGCUAAGCCCCCGUUUUGCCCAGGGCCGGAUUCUGGAGCCCACAAGCGCAUUGGCUGGUUAAGGGCCUGUGUGGCACAGAGCUCAAAGGAGCGAAAGGCCGGACUGGGCGACCUUUUUGGGCUGCUUCUGGACCCUCUCAUCUUGAUAUAGGGCCGUUGCUUGUCCGCCGGACGUUGUCUCUGCUUAACACUAGACUGGUGAUGUCAGAGCAGGACUGUGGCCUGCCUUCAUUCUUGUGGAGAAGAACCUCGGGGACGGUGUUCAGAGGGUUGAGAUACUCCUCUUCCCAAUUAUUAUUUUUUUUAAUUUCUUUCUCUCUCAAAGGAUCUUGGAUGGUCACCACGACAACACUGCUUGGUGCUAACAGCAUUUUCUUCUCUCUCUCCUAUAUUGCAGUGAACUUGAUUGCAUUGUUACUAUAGAAGGUGAUUUAGGAUUCUUAAAUCUCGGUGCCUAUAUUAGGCAGUCUUUGGGGGAAAGUAUCUGAUGUUGAAAUGGGAAGGAUGGAGGAAAGGCCUUAACCCCUUAAAAAGUGCAAAUGUGUUUCAUGAAAUUCUGGAACUGGGAACCCGCAUCCUGAGAAUGCAGAUGUUUACGCUCCUUGACUGAAGGUUUCUUCCACAGGCCCACGUUUUUUUUUCUUUUUUCUUUUUGCCCCCAGCAGAAAGAACUGUGGAAUGGUGUUUAGAUUCCACGUGUUGGAAGUGGUCUUUUUUUAAUCCUGGUGCUGGCCACCAGUUCCGGACUGGGGAUGAUUUCAUAGAGUAUAACCUUUUAUGUGGUUUAGGUAAUAAAAUUUACUCAGGAUCUUUCAAAAGUCUGAAGAACUGAUUGUUUUUGUCUGCUCCUAGCUUGCUGAAGAAAAGGUGUUUAUAUUAAGAGAGAAAUGUAUACAGCACAAGAAUAUCCGUUUUAGUGGUAUCUCUGAGCUGUCUUCCUGUUCCUUGAUUUCAUUAAAGUAUUUGAUUUUGUAUUUAAA